GAUAACCUAGGAAAAGAAGAAAUCCUAUGCAAGUGUGUUCUUAUUUGGUUCUCUCUUAAAUCUUUUGAUUUAGAGAAAGGCAAAGACUGAUAGUACAGUAUAUGUCAGACUUGGGUGCCGAAGUUAACUAUCACAAGUUCCGGCCUCAAGCUGUUCAGUUUCAUCCGCUGCAUUUUUUUUCUGGUCCAGAUUCUGGAAAAACUGAACAGAAUAUCAGUUGUUCAGCAUAUGGUAUCAAUGUUGCUGAAAUAAUAAGAGCACCACGUGGUGAUGGGAAGGAAGCAAUUGUCCUUGUAACACCUUUCAAUUCAGCGAAAAUUAAUCAGGGCGAGGCUUUGUCUUUGGGCAUUGCAUACUCGGUAUUUUCCUUGCUCACCCAUGUCACUUGGCUGGCCAAGGAUCUUAUUUGGCUGGUUGCUGAUUCCCAGCAUGGAGAAUAUGCAGCAGUUGCUGCAUGGCUAAGAGAAUGUCACACGCCACUAUUUACUAGAUUGCGCACAGCAGAUGAGGAAAUAUAUCUUGAAAUCAAUAAUGUGCAUGAAGUGGAAGAGAGCCCAAUUGCUGAAAGGAAGAUAUACGAUGAAUUUCGACGUGCUGGGACUAUGGCUGCAGCCCUUGUCAUUAAGGUUGUGGAUAAAAAGGAACAAUCUGAGCACAACCUUAGCAUCUAUGCGGAGGCAUCAAAUGGGCAGAUGCCAAACCUUGACCUCAUCAAUAUUGUGAACUAUUUAGCUGUACAUAGGCAAGGGUUGUGGGCAAAGGUGGACAAGAUGUGGUCUGUACUUGACUCCAAAUGGCUAAAGAUUUUGGGAGAAUUAUUCGAAUCAGUAGGACAAGUGGCUAGAUCCUUAAACCCCCAAUGCAAAUUUGGUAUUCCAGCAGCUGAUUAUGUUGAAGGCACUGCUACGCUCGCAAGUUCAUUGUAUAACCAGGCUUUGGGUGUUCCCACUGGUCCACAUGGUGCUUUUCGUGAUUACCAAGUCGAUGCAAUAACUUUGGAAAUUUCAUCCAGAGCUUCUUUUGAUAGCAAGAACAGGAGAAAUGAAUUUCUUUUGAGAUGUGGCCGGUUAAUUGAAGGAGUCAUACGCUCAGUAAACAACCUUCUCGAAAAGUUCCACCAGUCAUUCUUUCUAUACCUAUUAACAUCUCCUAGUAAAUUUGUGUCGAUAGGAGUCUACAUGAUCGCUUUUGCACUUCUUGUUGCACCACUUCCUAUGGUUGCAGCAUCUCUCUACGCUGAUGCCAACAACGUGGAUUCUGUACAAAAAGUUGAACCCACAUCUUCAACCAGCGUUGCCAAUGAGCCUGGCAUUACUCUCAGAUCAUGGAAAUGGAUUAAUGCUGCAAAGAAAGUUUUUAUUUUUAUUUUUAUUUUUAUCAUUAUUGUAUAAUUAAGAAAACUGAGG